AGAGUAUCCUACUUAUUAAAGGGACUGCCCACUUUUCCCCACCAAGAAUUCCACAAGAAAAACAGUGUCAUUCCUUUUCUUAAUUCUCUAUCCCCAUACCCUUUCCUCUGCCACCUCUGACCUCCCCCAGCAUCAGUCUCCCAACCUCUGCUUUCCAUAAUUAAACGUCACUACAUGCCACUAUACAUGACCACCCCAUAGCAAGUCAUCCCCCUCCUUUUCUCUCUGUCUCGUGUACUUGAAGGCAAACAACACCCAUGAGGCCAGUUCCCCACGGAGCAGUGGAGAGGAAGCAUGCAGCACUCUAGUUGAUUUGUUGCUUCACAUAGUGUUUGGAUGCAAGAGUUAGUUGCUAGAGCAUGGCUUUUGAAUCUUCUUUUCUAUUCUCCUGGAAAGCUGAAGAAGGCACGCAUCCUAGCAGAUAAGCAUUUCCUCUGGGCCUCAACAUGAACACAUAUAACCAUGAAGCAUCUGAAGAUGUGUCAGAAGUCAGCAGUCCAGUGGCUUCGAACAUCUCUAUCCAAGAGUCCUUCCAAUGCCACAACAAGAAGGAUCCAGCCAUCUCUCUCCAACCUAUGUCGCUUGACCUCUCGCUCACCGUCAAGGCAGUAUCAUCAUCAGCAGCUGUUAUUUCCUUCUCAAGCACAAGCGAGAGCAGCAGCGAGGCGCGAGCUUGCAAUGUUCCCAACCCCCAAAGAGUCUUUUCCUGCAACUAUUGCCAGCGUAAAUUCUUCAGCUCCCAGGCCUUGGGUGGCCACCAAAACGCUCACAAGAGGGAACGAACACUAGCGAAAUGGGCUCUUAGAAUGGAUGCCUUCCCGUACACUUAUGCAAGUAUUGCAUCACUGCCGCUCCAUGGUUCUGCACUCCACUCUUUGGGAAUCGAGGCUCACUCUUCAACGCAUCAAGGCAUGGUUGAAAAGAAGGAAAGCCGGAGCGGUUCAAAGAUUCACCGGGGCUUGCACGGUUCAAUGCCGGUCUUUGUAGCGGAUGAUGAUGCGAAUUUUUAUUGGCCUGGGAGUUUCCGGCCAUUGGCAAACUCAGGCUUUGAACUGUUGGGAAAUUCAAAUUUGAAUUGUGUAGCCAGUGACCCGCGGCCAGUUGAGGAGCCUGAUCUUACUCUCAGACUUUGAGUGGUUGAUCUUGAUUGCUUUCUCUACUAUUUGCUUUUUUAUCUUGGUAUUCUUAUUUUCCUGUGCAAGUGCUUCUUCCAAGGUACAUUAAGGUAUGUGAUAGAACAAAGGUCUUCACUGUUUUUUGACCUUUCUUCAAGCUAAGCUUUGUUUCCAAGUUAGAUCGCACUCUAUCUGGAGAAAUUUUAAUUUGCGUACGUUAUGUUUAUGUGGGCGUUGUAUGUAUACUUGGUUAUAUUUCAAUUCUAGUGAGUGAUGUAUUUUUUCUAUCCUCUUCAUU